AUUAUUUUAUUCGCCAUGUGGGUCACUAGAUCUCUUGCAGUGUGUUCGCUGCUGGUGUCGGCUGUUCUGGGCUCUGCUCCUACUCUUGCCUCUUCUUCUGCCUCUCCUUCUGCCUCUCCUUCUGCCUCUUCCUCCACGCAGAAUGCACAGGAGAAACGAUAUGCCAUCCUCGAUAACGACUGGGGCGCCGUGAGCUUCAUCCCCAUCCUCCUAGCCCUAAAGGGGGACAUGGAAAUACUAGGCCUCGCAUCAAACACAGCAAACACCUGGCAACGCCAGAGCGCCCUCCACGCCCUCGCCAACCUCGAACUCAGCAACCUAACCUGCAUCCCCGUCUACCCCGGCUCAACCUGGCCCCUCCUGCAUACCCCGCACAGAUUCCACACCUGGGAAGCCCUCCACGGCGUCCUCCCCUGGCAAGGCGCUUUCGCGCCGGAAGCCCAAGACGGGAAUGAUCCCACCUCAGGAGACCCCAACCGUAUCGUGCGCGAAGCCUUCAUCGAGGGAUUCCCCCGGGGUAGUAUCGACAGCUCGACCAGCGCUGCCUCGUUCAUGGUAGACAUGGUGCGGAAGUACCCCGGGCAGGUAUCGAUCUACUCGGCCGGCGCGUUGACGAACGUUGCGCUUGCCGUGCGGCUCGAUGAGAAUUUCGCGCGCAAUGCGAGGGAGUUGGUUGUCAUGGGGGGGUAUGUGGAUGUUAAUCUUUUGCAGGUUAGGGGGGAUGUAGAGCUGGCGAAUGAGAAUUCCGAUAUAAACCUGAUGAUCGAUCCCGAAUCCGCCAAAAUCGCCCUCAACGCGCCCUUCCCGGAGGUAGUCAUCGCAGGAAACGUCGCUAACCAGGUUCCGUCGACGCAGGACUUUUUAGACGAAGUGCACGAGGUGCGCAAUCCGUUGACGAACCUCUUCCAUGACCGCUACGGGACGGAAUUCCCGUUCUGGGAUGAGACUGCUGCGGCGAUUAUGGUUGAUCGGGGGGUGGUGCUUAAUUCGACCACGGCAUAUAUUGAUGUGGACAUCGCGUAUGGAAGCCCUAAAUAUGGCAAUAUCCAUGUCUAUCAGAAGGCGUUGAUGCCUCCUGGGUUGAGGAAUGUGACGUAUGUGCAUCGGGUUGACGGGGAGAGGGUGAAGGGGUUGAUGAAGGAUGCGAUGCAGGAUCCGCCUUCCUGUUGAUCUACUUCUCUAUAUACGGGUGGGAGGAUGGGGGUAAUUAAGUAAGGGUAUAGUGGAUGGGCGACGCAGGAAGAUAUUGGCUGUGAGGCUACGCUUUGAUAUAAAUUUGGACUGUGGGGGGUUUGAUAAGGAUGGUUCAUUGAGAGUUGAGAAUGUAGGGAAGCCCAACUUUGGGGUGUACAUGAAUACAUGUCUGCAUCUGCACGAUCAAGCGACACUCUUGUAGCUAUCCAGGAGCGUACUACUGCAGAGCACUUAGGUCAGUGAAUGCACCAAAAACCGGCAGACGUAGCAAGUCGAUCUACUAGCGAUGGGAUCCACUCGCGCGUAUUACUCGGCGAGACAAUAUCCCUCGUCAUGGAAGGAAUCCUAAGCACCCACAUUCCGCCUGUCUAGUCAGAAUGUGGUCGGGGAAACAUCAGUCGUAAAAGGGUGAAUGACCAUCAUGUCUUUUCCGUGGUCUCGCCGGUAGCAGCCGGAACCUCCGAUCGGGCGGGGUUCAAGUCGCUAACCUGCCGUU